AUGACUGCCAGCCGCAAGACACCAUCACGGAAGCAGGCCGCUCUCCAACGGCAACAUCGGGAGUCCGACUUGCAAUCGCGGGUUGAAACUCUCGAAGGCCAGCUGAGCACCGUUCUGGAGAAGGUUGAGAGGCUUGAGAGGUCUGGAGGACAGGCUGGACAGCCCCUCAUCUCAACUCCCUCAAAGGCCGUAGCGGAAGCUUGUAGUGAGGAUUCCGGCGUGGUGGAUCAAGUCCGUGACUUGCCAACGACAGAAUUCCCUCCUUUACAGGAGGUGAUGCUCAUUAUAGAGCACUAUCUCGCCACAUUCAACACUGUCUUCCCUCUGUUUCACCCCUCGACGCUUUUGCAGACGGUGAAGAGCUGGUACCAGAGCCCCCACUCCAGAAGUCCUGUCACUUGGGCAUUAAUCAAUGUAGUGCUUGCUCUUGCCCAUCACACCAGCAAUCCCGGUGGCCGAAUACCAGCUGGCAACACUGCCACCUACCUGCACAAUGCCCAGUCGGUUUUGACCGAGGUUACCAUGCGAGACAUAGACUUGGUUAAUGUGCAGGUACUUCUUGGACUGGUCAUGCUAUUCUGGACCGCGGAUGAUAUGGGGCCGGCCUUGAUGCUCAUAAGCACGGCUUUACGUCUGGCACAUCAGUGCAGACUCCAUACCCGGAGGGGUUCCGAGCAUCUCAGUCCCUCUUUGACCCGGCAGAGGGACCGGGUAUUCUGGAUGGCAUACAUACUCGACAGAGACAUCAGCUUGGAUUGCAGGCUGCCACCGGUCCAAGUUGACAGUGACACAGAUCUGGACCUGCCACCAUCCGAGGCCGACGGUGACUUGGCAGGCUUCAUAUUCACCCCUGAUGUCGGUAUCAAAAUGAAUUACUUCCGUGCGCGAGUUGAGCUGGCCCAGAUUCAAGGCAAGGUCUACGAUUGCAUCUACUCAGUAUCAGCUCAAAACUCGAAUUUAGAGGAGAGAGCUCAGAACGUUGCACGCAUCACGCACAUGCUCGACCACUGGAGUUCCCGCAUCUUGCCUGAAUUCCGUGUCACGACUCUGACACAAUCUGGCUUCCCCGAACUGUCAAGAUACUUCUGCACGCUUUACUCAAUCCGCCUGUCCUGCCGGGCCCAGAUCAGUUUCGCCAGCGCAUCGGACUCGUUCCACUACUCCGGAUGGAUAGAACGCCUAAAGGUAUUCGGAGGAGAGGUUGCCGCAGGACAGGUCGUCUCGACUGCCCCCGUCCCGCAAGGGUGGCAGGAACUUACCCAAGCAGCCCGCGAAUACAUGUUGCUGUUCCAGACAGUCACCCCCUUGAAUACCUUUUUCAUCCGCAUGAACCUGUGCGCGUACAAUUCGAGCCUCAUUGCCCUGAUCGCCAACCGGAUAUUCGACGCUCAUCAUACCCCUGUGGAAGCCGACCGGCAGAUAACCAAAGCCGCCAUGGAGAACCUGGAGGACAUUGCCAAGCUGACCGGCAGCGACAAGCUACGAAAAUAUCGGGAAGCUGCGCGACAGUUGUGUCUAUACGCAGAUCUGAUACCGGCCCGACCUCCUACUUUCGAGCGAAUGACGUCCGGGCUGGGCUUUUGGGUUGCGGAACCACGAGACAGAUUUGAAGAUCAGUUUCUCGACGACACUCAGAUGCCCGGCGCCAACUUGUACUGGUCUCCUGCGUCUGAUUAG